GGUUGUUUCAGUCCUCACGCAUCAAAUACAUUCAUGGUGAAGAUGAAGCCAAUGAGACGUACCGCGUUUAAACCGAUAGAAUUGUGUCGCAGAGAAUGCGCACGAUAAUUCAAUGGGUAACGCUUAAGAAAGGGAAAAGGCCAUCCAAUAGUUACAAGUUGGAGACUUAAGGACCACUAAAAAAGGCAGGGAUUAGGAUCUGUGUACACACUAAUCCCGGCAGAAGAUGAGAGAGUGAGUGGGAAGCAAAGAAAUAAAGCACAGAUAAACAAAUGUGAGGGAGUGGCUAAUUCUGAAUGACCAACCCGUCAAAGAUGUUAAAUGGGAGGAAACAACAUGCAAGAGGCCAGCGCCAAAGAGAGCAGUGUGGAUCCUCGUUAUAGCACCCAGGCAACAAUCACAGCCUUUUUGCUACUCCACUCUGAUCUCUGGUCUAUUUUUAUCCUUGGUUGAGGCAGCGCGCCAAUUAAAUCAGGCAUAUCUGGUGAGGGUCGAGCAGAUGCAGGAUUGAGAGAAAGGGAAAGUUCUCUGUGCACCUAGCUGCUGGGCUGAAGAAAAAGACGUCCCUUAACAUCUGCUUGUUUGCGCUUGGAUAUGUGUGUAACCUUGAGCUGAGAUGUGACGAUAAAGAGCUUGUUUUGUAAAUUGUCGCAGGAGUUCUGGACAACAUGUGAAGGGUAACCAUGUUCAUGGAAAACCUGGAAAUAUGAGAAAAUGUGGAAAUUCGGACAAGUCAUGGAAAUUUCUAUAGUGCUGCCUUAGUUCCAGGUUUCUUGCCAUGAGCUAAGCCCCCCAGUGGCAGGAUGACUGCCGUCUACCCGGCUGGGGGGGUUUCGGUUGGGGGCUCGGCUCUGGCCACGGUUCCCCAGCGUUACACACGAUGGAGUCGACAGGACAGCUCCGACAUCUGCACGGACGAUGAGGGGACCCAGUCACGUCGUCUUACUCCGCUGGAAAAGCUAAAUUUGGAUAUGUGCCAAGAUGAGAAGAUGGUGAGAGAGCUCACGUUGGGCCGCCGCAUCGGCUUCUACAAGAUCCGCGGUGAGAUCGGCUGUGGAAACUUUUCUCACGUCAAGCUAGGCAUCCACGCUCUGACGAAAGACAAAGUAGCCAUUAAGAUCUUGGACAAGACCAAGCUCGAUCAGAAGACCCAAAGGCUGCUCUCCCGGGAGAUUUCCAGCAUGGAAAAGCUGCACCAUCCAAAUAUCAUCCGUCUUUAUGAGGUAGUGGAGACUCUGACCCGUCUGCACCUGGUCAUGGAGUACGCAAGCGGAGGGGAGCUCUAUACAAAGAUCAACACUGAGGGGAAGCUCUCCGACAUAGACAGCAAGAUUGUCUUCUCUCAGGUUCUCUCAGCUGUAAAGCAUAUGCAUGACAACAACAUUAUCCACAGGGACCUGAAAGCAGAGAAUGUUUUUUACACCUGUAGCACCUGUGUUAAAGUGGGAGACUUUGGCUUCAGCACCAUCAGCCGUCGUGACGAGACCCUUAACACCUUCUGCGGUUCUCCCCCUUAUGCGGCCCCUGAGCUCUUCAGAGAUGAACACUACAUAGGCGCUUGUGUGGACAUCUGGGCAUUGGGUGUCAUGCUCUUCUUCAUGGUGACUGGCACCAUGCCCUUCCGUGCCGAAACGGUAGCCAAGCUAAAGCGCUAUAUCCUGGAUGGGGCAUACACAGUGCCUACGUGGGUACCAGAACCUUGCCAGAAACUGAUCCGGGGCAUUCUGCAACCCCAGCCAGCUGACCGCUACAGUGUAGAACAGAUGAUGGGCUGUGAGUGGCUGCUGCCUGUGGAGUUUCCCAAAGCCAUUGAGCCGUUUAAAUUGGACCCACUCCACCUGGCUGAAACUGGGCCAGGGCAGCUAGAGGAGCAUGAGAUAGAGCUGAGGAACGCCCUGGAGACACUUGGAAUCACCGCAGACCACAUUCGUAACAACCAGGGCAAAGACUGCAGGAGCUCCAUCACUGGGGUAUAUCGUAUUCUCUUACACCGGGCACACAAACGACAAGCAGUGGAGAGCAUGCCAGUAGUUACCCAUGUAGUGAAUGGAAAUGAAGCUAAAAAAGACCGUUUGAAGGUAUACAGGAGCCUUAGACAUACAUCUAAACUCUGCAUCAUUCUGUGAUGCUAAAAGCUGGGCAACCUUUGAUAUAUAUUAGGAAUGGAUUACUCACUGGAACUUAGCUAGUUUUGUUUGAUAUACCUCUUUUUGUUAUCUUUUUUCAUUGAAAUUAGAUCAACUAAUGCUUCUAAUAAAGUAGUCUAAUUUAAAGGAAAGUGUGAUUGCAGCUGGUCUGAGUGUUUUGAAAGUGAGCGAAGCAAGACUAUUGUCUUGAUGUCAUGGAUUUAUCAUGUCUUGUUUAUAUAUGUAAUAAAGUUCU